GCAGAGUCCUCCGGCCACAGCUCGCACCGGCUGUCUCUGCGCCGGGCUCCGACAGGGAGGCGAGCACUGAGCCGCGCAGGGCCCCGCCCCGGGCUCCAUUGUUGAGGCAGCCGGCUCUCCGCGGGCUGCGCUCCUCUCGGCCGCCCUGAGCGCACGAGCCACUAGAUCCUGAGGUGGGGCUUGACUGACUGUGAGGUACCAGCAUUUGGAGGCAGGCUGGAGUGAAAUAUGCACAUCACACCUGACAGGAGAGAACUGCGUACUGGUCACUGCCUUCCUCUGACCUUUUCUUCUUUGAUGUUGACACCAAGCCGCUCUAUCUUUAGAGAGUGUGAAGCACCUGACCAAAUGUUCAGGGUUCAGCUGCACAGUGUGUAAUGCAGAGACACAACCUUCUGGAAGCAGCUCAUGCAAUGGAAGAGUUAAUAGUUGAACUUCGUCUCUUCCUGGAGCUCCUGGACCAUGAGUACCUCACAUCAACUGUCAGAGAGAAAAAGGCAGUGCUCACCAACAUCCUGCUGCGAAUGCAGUCAUCCAAGGGCUUUGAAGUGAAGGACCAUGCUCAGAAGGCAGAGGCCAACAGCCUGCCGGCACCCCCCCAGAUGCCUCUGCCUGAGAUUCCUCAGCCAUGGCUGCCUCCUGACAGUGGGCCUCCACCCUUACCGACGUCCUCUCUCCCGGAGGGUUACUAUGAGGAAGCCGUGCCGCUGAGUCCUGGAAAAGCUCCCGAGUACAUCACCUCAAAUUAUGACUCUGACGCUAUGAGCAGUUCCUACGAGUCAUACGACGAAGAGGAGGAGGACGCAAAAGGGGAGAAAACCAGGCACCAGUGGCCUUCGGAGGAGGCCUCUAUGGACCUGGUGAGAGACGCCAAGAUCUGCGCCUUCCUGCUGCGCAAGAAACGCUUUGGCCAGUGGACCAAGCUGCUCUGUGUUAUCAAGGACACCAAGUUGCUGUGCUAUAAAAGUUCCAAGGACCAGCAGCCUCAGAUGGAGCUGCCCCUGCAAGGCUGCAGCAUCACGUACAUCCCGAGAGACAGUAAGAAGAAGAAGCAUGAGCUGAAAAUCACCCAGCAAGGCACAGACCCGCUGGUUCUUGCCGUCCAGAGCAAGGAGCAGGCUGAGCAGUGGCUGAAGGUGAUCAAAGAGGCCUACAGUGGCUGCGGCGGCCCUGUGGAUCCAGAGUGUUCCCCACCACCCAGUGCCAGUGCCCCCGUGAACAAGGCAGAACUGGAGAAGAAAUUGUCUUCAGAGAGGCCCAGCUCCGAUGGAGAAGGUGCUGUGGAAAAUGGAGUCACCACGUGUAAUGGAAAAGAACAAGUGAAGAGGAAGAAAACCCCCAAGUCAGAUGGCAAGGGAACUGUGUCCAAGGUCACCGGGAAGAAAAUCACCAAGAUCAUUGGUCUGGGGAAGAAGAAGCCAUCCACAGAUGAACAGACAUCGUCAGCGGAGGAAGACGUGCCUACCUGUGGGUACCUAAACGUGCUCUCCAACAGCCGCUGGCGGGAGCGCUGGUGCAGAGUGAAGGACAGCAAGCUCAUUUUCCACAAGGACAGGGCUGACCUGAAGACCCACAUCGUCUCCAUCCCUCUCCGUGGCUGCGAGGUGAUUCCGGGCUUGGAUUCUAAGCACCCACUGACCUUCCGGCUGCUUCGCAAUGGACAGGAGGUGGCCGUGCUAGAGGCAUCAUCUUCUGAAGACAUGGGCAGAUGGAUUGGCAUCUUACUGGCUGAGACGGGGUCAUCAACAGACCCAGGAGCCCUGCACUAUGAUUACAUAGACGUGGAGAUGUCAGCAAAUGUCAUCCAGACAGCCAAACAGACCUUCUGCUUUAUGAACAGGCGGGCAGUGUCCACGAGCCCAUACCUGGGGAGCAUCUCCAAUGGCUACGCCCACCCCAGUGGGACAGCACUACACUACGAUGAUGUCCCCUGUGUCAACGGCUCGUGGGACAUGGAUGGCGGCUUUCCUGGCUGUGGGAGCAGAGGCCUGGCGGAAGAGGUGCUUUAUGAUAACGCGGGCCUCUACGAUAACUUGCCAUCGCCGACAAUCUUUGCUCGCUCCUCUCCUGCUGACCGGAGGGCGUCUCGGACACCCGCUGACAGGCUGUCCUCUAACCACUACAAAUCCCCCACCUCCUGCAGCCCACCCUGCUCCCCACCUGUCACUAACACCUCUUCUGUGGGGAGGGCAUCUCUCGGGCCACACUCCCAGUUGAAGAGCAAAAAACCUCCAGUGGCAUCUAAUGGGGUUCCUGGAAAGGGGAAGGCUCCAAGCAGCCAGCAGAAAAAGGUGGACUCUGCAGGUGGCGUGAAACGGACAGCAUCAAAUGCUGACCAGUACAAAUACGGUAAGAACCGAGUGGAAGCAGACGCCAAGCUGUUACAGUCCAAAGAGGAGGAGCUGCUGAAGAGGAAAGAGGCCCUGCGGAACAGGCUAGCACAGCUCCGGAAGGAGAGGAAGGACCUGAGGGCUGCCAUCGAAGUGAAUGCAGGCAGGAAGCCCCAGGUGGCCCUGGAGGACAAGCUGAAGAGGCUGGAAGAAGAAUGUAAGCAGAGGGAGGCGGAGCGGGUCAGCCUGGAGCUGGAGCUGACGGAGGUCAAGGAGAGCCUGAAGAAGGCCUUGGCAGGUGGCGUCACCCUAGGACUGGCCAUCGAGCCCAAGUCAGGGACAUCGAGUCCACAGUCUCCUGUGUUUCGGCAUCGGACUCUGGAAAGUUCUCCCAUCUCCAGCUGUGAUACAAGUGAUGCUGAGGGGCCCCUGCCUGUGAACAGUGCAGCCGUCCUGAAGAAGAUCCAGCCAUCCUCGGGCAGCUCGCCUUGCCGUGGGCAUGUGCUGCAGAAGGCCAAGGAGUGGGAGCUGAAGAAUGGGACCUAGAGGGAGGCCAACCGCACCCAGACAGAGACUGCGUCCUGCCACCAGCCUCAAGUGUGACAUGUGCGCCUCCCAAAGUGGCCUGAGCAUGACUUCAGAAGUCUGGACUGAGUCUGACGCUGACCCUUGGCCAGCUUGCGUGCACGCUCUCUACUGUAUGAUGGUGCCCUUUAGAAAAGUUUACUUUAAGA